CAGUGGAGGGAUUGGCAGAGAGGGGUGGAGGACACUGAGUGGAGGCCAGUGGAGGGAUUGGCAGAAGAGGGAUGGAGGACACUGAGUGGAGGCCAGUGGAGGGAUUGGCAGAGAGGGAUGGAGGACACUGAGUGGAGGCCAGUGGAGGGAUUGGCAGAGAGGGGUGGAGGACACUGAGUGGAGGCCAGUGGAGGGAUUGGCAGAGAGGGGUGGAGGACACUGAGUGGAGGCCAGUGGAGGGAUUGGCAGAGAGGGGUGGAGGACACUGAGUGGAGGCCAGUGGAGGGAUUGGCAGAGAGGGGUGGAGGACACUGAGUGGAGACCAGUGGA